UCUCUGCACUGGGAGCAGCUCUCCUGCCACAACCCCUCACCCCUUGAAAAUGUUUGCUUGCUCCAAGUUUGUCUCCAUCUCCUCCUUGGUCAGGAGCACCUCUCAGCUGCUGAGCUAACCACUGUCUACAGUGGGAUUGAAAUAAUCAGAGACACUGACAGAUGAGAGCCUCAGCAACUUGGAAGUCCCGCGUCCCCUGACCUCACUUGUCCCUAGCCACAACUUCCAAACCAGUGCCAUUUCAAUGGACGCUGACACAGCAGCCAAGUGCAUUGGGGCUAGGGCUGCCACAGUUGGGGUACCUGGCUCUGGGGCUGGGAUUGGGACUGUGUUUGGGAGUCUCAUCACUGGUUAUGCCAGGAACCCUUCUCUGAAGCAACAGCUCUUCUCCUACACCAUUCUGGGCUUUGCCCUCUUGGAGGCCAUGGGGCUCUUUUGCAUGAUGGUGACCUUUCUCAUCCUGUUCGCCACGUGA